UCGGAAAUGACAGGAAACUGAAACCACGCCUCUUGUUGACGCUGCCAUUUUCGACGGAACUGUCAGUUUUGUAAAAUUUUUGAACGUUUAGUUGAUAUAACAGACGUGAAGAACAACAGCUGAUAGCGAUGGCAGACGAUAAACACGACACCGAUCUCCCGGAGGACGAUCCUAACUACAGGGCACCGGCCGAGAAAGCGCUCAAAGAAAUUCUAGAGACGGACAAGGAAGAUGAGAGUCUGCAGAAGUACAAGGCUGCUCUGCUGGGAGAUGGUGCCACUGGGUCAGCAAUAAUUAUAGAUGAGAAAGACCCAAGAAAAGUCAUUCCAAAAGUGCUGAUACUAAAAGUAGAUGGUAGGGGCGAUGUAGAGUUGGACCUAACAGGAGACUUGGGUAAGCUGAAGGAGAAGCCAUUUACAAUCAAGGAAGGAGUUUCCUAUCAGAUGGAGAUUGUCUUCUAUGUACAGCGCGAGAUUGUCGCGGGACUCAAAUACGUACAGGGAACCUAUCGCAAGGGAAUUAGAGUUGACAAGGACAGCUGGAUGAUCGGCAGUUACGGCCCAAAGAAGGAGAGCCAAUCAUAUACAACGCCGGCUGAUGAGGCGCCCUCUGGUAUGAUUGCGCGCGGUAGCUACACCGUCAAGUCAACCUUCAUCGACGAUGACAAGACCGAACAUCUCAAGUGGGAGUGGACGUUCGAUAUCAAGAAGGAUUGGGAUUAGCCGAGACUGUGGAGAAGGAGGACGAUGAGGAGGACGAUGAGGAGAACGAGGAGGAGGAGGAGGAGAUCAGGCAUUGUGGUGGUGACUCCACCCCGACCUGACCUGUCACCUCAUCCGUCGAUGCUCGCAUCGCCGCUCGUGCCAGACGAGCCACACGCGACCUUCUCUCGUUCCUUUGAUGGCAGCAGCCACCAGCCUCUAUUGUCGCACGGCAACCUCUGGCUCCUGUCGCUCUAGCGCUCCCUCUCCCGCCCGCGUCUUUCAACGCUUUUCUUUUUCCUUCGUAAGAAAUUUCGUGGCAUUUGCCACCGGUGAAAUUCUUGAGGAACUUUCACAGGAACGGGAGAAGGGGGGAGGUGAGCGUCGCGUGGUGCGAAGAGCGACCUUCGUUGCUGACGAAACCUUGCCACAUACUCAGUGUAGUCCAUAGCCAAGGGACUGUAUUCAUAAUACUUAACACUCACCGCAACUACAGCACAUCAAACCUAGUCGUGCCUAUCUGAUCUAUGGCAAAUCAAUGCAAGGCGAUUCCUUAUCGAUGAAAUAAUUAAUUUAUAACUUCGAGAUUUUUGUGAGUGGUUUCUAAUUAUUGAGGCAUAAUGUUCCUACCGUGCAAGUUCGCUAUUGCGUUUAUAAGAAAUGGUGUCUUCCUCUGUGAAUAAAUCGUGUACAAUUUUCAGAAAUUUUAUGUGAUUUUGAGAGUUAAUCGGUGUCACAGAAUCGGUUCCUUGGAUUCGCUGGCACUCGCGCGCUUGGACGAUCGCGUCUCAUUCAAAAGCAAUUUAUUGGUUCUUGGUUGCGAAAUGUAAGAAAGGUAUCCAGUAGGCAUUUGCAUGUGUGUCGAUGUACGUAGCAUCACAGUUUGUACACCACGUGAAAGGCUGUUACAGCAUAGGUCCACCCAAGAAUCAAAUUAUGCAUGCAUUAUCGUGGUUCUUUUUUAGUUUGGUAGGGUGUGAGUGAGGAUCAGUCUGCGAUGCGACUUCGUCACCAAUGUUGCUCACAUACUUGGCAUGUCUUAGUAGGUAGGCGAGGGUGUAGGCAGGUAUGUCGCACCAUGGUAGUCAUAGAUGGUGUGUCACAGUUCAGUAGGGGCAUGGAUGAGGUUGACAGCUCGGUAGGGGUAUGUAUGAGGUUGACAGCUCGGUAGGGGUAUGUAUGAGGUUGACAGCUCGGUAGGGGUAUGUAUGAGGUUGACAGCUCGGUAGGGGUAUGUAUGAGGUUGACAGCUCGGUAGGGGUGUGACUCUGGGUGACAGGUGAGAAUUGGGUGUGUCUGUUUCGGUGAUAAUUUAGUAGGGAUAUGUGCGGGGGGGUCACAGCUUGUUAGAGGUAUGUAUGCGGGUUACAGCUCAGUAGGCGUGUGUAGGAAUGUCUUACAGCCUUGUAAUUUCAAGGACGAGUUUCAUAUCAUCACACGCUAGUCUUCCUCGUAAUGCCUGACCAGAAUACUGCUGCUGCUGCCAUCUGCCAGUCAUAGGUUUAUGUACCCCGGAGCGAUUUAUAUGUACUGGGCGUCGUAUUUUGUAUAUUAGCUGAUUACACAUCUGUUGAUGGAACGACUAUCAGAAGCAACAUGUUUCCGGAGCAUUGCAUUUCAUGGCGUAUAUCGUUUGAUUUGCUAACCCAUGAUAAUCAUUGCAUUGCAAUACUAUAGUAAUGGCAUUGUAUAUCAUGCCGUAUAUCGUUUGAUUUGCUCACAACUCACGAGUCAUGAUCAUAGCCUUUUUUUGUCAGCAUUACAUAUCACGCUGUAUAUUCUUACGCAUGAUAACCGUAACGUUGCGAUGUUAUCACGUGCAGUGCUCAGUGAGAUGAUACAACAGAUACGAAACCCGAAUAUAACAUCAGUCGCUGUACGUCGUCGAUACUCAAUCAGAUGGCACAUAGUGCAAGUAUGUGAUAAACAAGUCAUUACGUUACCAGUGCCUGUGACAUAUUAUUGAGUUAGUGUAUGGAAUGGCGGUCGUACGAUCUCUAUGUUCGUGUAAUCGGCUAUAGCACUUUUUAUGUCGUAUACACGGGUUACGGUCGUUGUUACCAUAGCAACUACGCUGAGUCUGCCAGCAAAACACGAAUGGUCGCGGGACGGAGGUUUCGCCUGCUCGUUGGCUGUCUCCAUAUCGUCGCUCCCUGGUGGGUGGUCUCGGCAUCACAUCCGCUCAGUCUCUCUUGUAUGUUGACCAGUAGGAAUCAAUCGUCGACGGACAAUGGUGGAGACAAACGCCGGAUGUUGUAAACGUAUAGAGGACAACAUCGCGAGUGCACGCUAUGCAAAAUUAAUGGAGUGUUAUAUAUAUAUACAUGUAUAUCUGGUCUAAGGAUGAGGAUGGAGAUGAAAAGAUGUUGCGAUCCUUGCCAUAUCUGUACCCGUCUGUGUAUAAGGAACUAGUAAUGUAAGCAUAAAGCUUUGCCUCGCAGCUUCGGUGGUAUUUUUUUUGCUUCAUGCUGCGCGAGGUCUGCUGAACUAUAUUGUCAGCUCUGUAUAUUAUUGUGUGUGACGUCACGGCGCAUCUGUUUGCUGGUGCGGAGCUUUGUUCACUGUGCACAGAUGAUCUUGGUGAGAGUAGGAAGCGCGGGCGCCUGCACCAGCUUUGCUGUUUCCAUGGCGACUGCCGCCAGAUUGCGUGGUUGGAUUCAGCGUGAUAACGAAUGCCGAGAAGGUGUGGCGAUUGAAAUGCCACCUCAACCUCUUAUUAAAAUAUCACUUUCGUCCCUCUCAGCUUCACAGCUCGUCAUGACCGUAGUAUUUCGGCGUGCGCGUUUUCCAUUGCGUGCGCCCCGCUACCAUAUCUACAAUUAUUCCCCUUGCAUCUUCCCCCCCCCCCGAAUUCGCAUAAUUGUAAAGCGUCUUCUCUUCUUUGCGAUCCAUAAUUCAACGGUAAUUUUGUGAGUUUUCUAGUAUCUGGUCAUCAGUGCCCCGUGCUCUCACCAAGACUUCCAUCUGCAAGCAAGGUAAAGACUUUUAUUAAAAGAUUAUUUUUGUAAUGAUCUGGUGCUUCUGGAAGCGAAUUACGUAAUAAAUCUUGUGUUAAAUUUUCAGAAAAA